UCGAUCAGCAGGCAACUGUAGAAUUCAACAUGGCUGCUCUGGGCUGUCACUAAGGGGAGUUGUUUUCAACUUAGAGGCGCUUUAGCCUUGUGAGCAAGCCGAGGAAAAUUAUUCCAUAACCUGAUUCUUCGAGGAUCACGAUGGCGCAGUGCGUUCAGUCUGUGCAAGAGUUCAUCCAGGACUCGUUCGUGCCUAUGGUGGCCGUCCUGUGCAGCGAAGAUGCGGAGAAAGUGACUCGUAAAAACAACCUGAAUUUCUCCGAGCUGGUGAGGCCUUUUUGUAGGCUCACCUCAGAAGGUCACAUGAGAGAUCCCAACAACCAGAUCCAGCUGGUGAAGAACCUGAAGAUCAGCGUGUCCAACGUGGUGACGCAGCCCCCCAAGCCUGCCCUGAUCCGGAGGCUGCUGGACGAGGUGGUGUCUGUCUGCCAGCCCGCCGACGCCCUCGUGGCCAACGUCAUCACCGCCGGCGACUACGACCUGAACAUCAGCGAUCGAUCACUUAAAGCCAGUGUCCCCUGGUACAAUAGUUGGAAAGAGACACUGGGGGAACUGAACACUUCCAAGUUCUACGCAGCAACCACCCCGUGGUUUGAGGCUUACCGCGAGAACUUCCUCCAGUCCAUGCCAGCUUCUGAACACGAGUUUCUCAACCAUUAUCUGGCGUGCAUGCUGGUGGUGUCGUCGGGCGAGGCGUCGCCCGUGGAGCAGUUCCUGAAGCUGUCGCAGGAGCAGCACCGCAUCCAGCACAGCGGGGAGCACAGCUUCCCCAAGUGGUUCAUCCCCAACACGCUGAAGUACUACGUCCUGCUGCACGACAUCGCCGAGGGAGACGAGAGCAGGGCAGACGCUGUGUACGAGGACAUGAAGCAGAGGUACGGCACUCAGGCCUGCUACCUGCUCAAGAUCAACUCCCACACCUCCACCACCGGCUCCGACGAGCAGAUACCCGACCCCUGGAGCCAAUACCUACAGAAGAGCAGUUUACAAAACCAGGACCUGCAUGAGGAAGGCCCUUCAGCACUGGUGAAUAACACAACGGUAGAGAACAGCACUAACGCCGAGGAUUUGGACAGUCCCGAUUCCUCAACCAAAGAUGCGGUUCCCAACAACUUCGACAGCCACCCCCUGCAGCUGGACCACCCCAGCGACCCCGGGGGCCCCCAGGAAACCCUGGAGGCCCUCCGGGCGGUGGCCCCGGGUCCCGAGGGGAAGAAGCAGCCGGGCGUGACGUCGCACGGGGCCUGCCUGACGCUGAACGACCACGACCGCAUCCGCCAGUUCAUCCAGGAGUUCACCUUCCGCGGCCUGCUGCCCCACAUCGAGAAGAACAUCCGGCAGCUGAACGACCAGCUGGUUUCCAGGAAAGGUCUCAGCAGGUCGCUGUUUUCCGCCACAAAGAAGUGGUUUGGAGGAGGCAAGGUCCCGGAGAAGAGCAUCAACGAGCUGAAGAACACAGCCGGCCUGCUGUACCCUCCUGAGGCCCCGGAGCUCCAGAUAAGGAAAAUGGCCGACCUCUGCCUCCUGGUGCAGCACUACGACCUGGCCUACAGCUGCUACCACACUGCCAAGAAGGACUUCCUCAAUGACCAGGCCAUGCUGUACGCUGCUGGAGCUCUGGAAAUGGCAGCAGUGUCUGCCUUCCUCCAUCCUGGCGCUCCCAGACCGUAUCCCGCCCACUACAUGGACACGGCCAUCCAGACCUACCGCGAUGUCUGCAAAAACAUGGUGCUGGCUGAGAGGUGUGCACUCCUCAGCGCUGAGAUUCUCAAAAGCCAGACAAAGUACUCUGAGGCCGCGACCCUGCUCAUUAAAAUGACAAGCGAGGACUCGGACCUGCGCAGCGCCCUCCUGCUGGAGCAGGCCGCGCACUGCUUCAUCAACAUGAGGAGCCCCAUGGUGCGCAAGUUCGCCUUCCACAUGAUCCUGGCCGGCCACAGGUUCAGCAAGGCGGGACAGAAGAGGCACGCGCUGCGGUGCUACUGCCAGGCCAUGCAGGUGUACAAGGGCAAGGGCUGGUCCCUGGCGGAGGACCACAUCAACUUCACCAUCGGCCGGCAGUCCUUCACGCUGAGGCAGCCGGAGAACGCCGUGUCCGCCUUCCGGCACAUUCUCAUCAACGACAGCAAGCAGGCCGCGUCGCAGCAGAGCGCCUUUCUGAGGGAGUACCUCUACGUUUACAAGAAUGUGAGCCAGGCGUCCCCGGAGGGCGGCCUGCCCCAGCUGCCCCUGCCCUGCAUCCAGAGCUCCGCCACGCGGGUCUUCUUCGGCCACGACCGGAGGCUGGCGGAAGGGGAGAAGCAGGCUGCCACGCACGUGAGUUUGGACCAGGAGUACGACCGGGACCUGUCCCAGCAGUGGAGGGAGCUGGAGGAGCAGGUGGUGGCCAUCGUGCACAGAGGGGUGCCCUCCACCUUCCAGCCCACGCAGUACUGCCUCAACAGCCAGACGGACAACACUCGCUUCCCCCUGGCCGUGGUGGAAGAGCCCAUCAUCGUUGAGGUGGUCUUCCGGAACCCUCUGAAGGUCCCGCUCCUCCUCACGGACCUCUCCUUGCUGUGGAAGUUCACCCCGAAAGAUUUCUCCCGACCGCAGGACGGGGAGGCGGGGGAGGCGGUGAGCAACGAGAAGGAGGCGCACUCUCUGAAGGCACCGUUAAAAAGUGACUUCAUCAGCACCGAGGUGAUCCUGGAGUUCUCCAUGAGCCUGGAGGAAACCAAAGUGGCCCGUCUGAAGCUGCUGCCCCACCAGACGGGCGAACUGCACAUCCUGGGCGUGGUCUACAACCUGGGCACAGCGCCCUCUCCUGCUGAAGGUGUCCCGGUGGGCGACGGCUUGACCGUGCGCGGUCGGCAGGACCUGGAGAUCCAGGGCCCUCGUCUGAACGGAACCAAAGAGGAGAAGACCUCCGUGACGCACGGACCCGACCGGCGCCUCGACCCCAUCAUCACCCCCCCCAUGCCCCUGCUGGAGGUGUUCUUCAUUAACUUCCCCACCGGCUUGCUGUGCGGAGAGAUCCGGAAGGCCUACGUGGAGUUCGCCAACGUGAGCCAGGUGCCCCUGACGGGCCUGCGGGUGGUGUCCAAGCACCCCGAAUUCUUCACGUUCGGCAGCCAGGCGGCGCCCCUCACCCCGCUCAGCCCCACCGCCUCGGAGCACUGCAGCGCCUACAAGACGCUGGUGACGGAGCAGGCCGCCGUCUCGCUGGUGUCCCCGGCCCACUUCGGGGCGGGCGCGGGCGGCCCCUGCCCCGGGGUGGUGCACAUCCCCCUGCCCGACGCCGUGCUCCAGCCCGGGGCCUCCGUCCAGCUUCCGCUCUGGCUGAGGGGCCCCGACCACGAGGGCGUGCACGAGAUCAACUUCCUGUUCUACUACGAGAGCACGGAGAAGAGGUCCAAGCUGAGUCAUCGGGUGUUGCGGCACACGGCGGUGAUCUGUGCCAGCCGCUCUCUGAGUGUGAGGGCCACGGCGCGGAGGAGCAACACCUUCCAGGAGCAGGAGGACGGGCCCGGGGGCAGCAUGCUGGUGUUCGUGGACGUGGAGAACGUCAACACUAAUGAGUCGGGGGUGAGGGAGUUCCACAUCGUGCAGGUCUCCAGCAGCAGCAAGCAGUGGAGGCUGCAGAAGUGCAUAAAUCCGUCCAAAGACAAAGAUUCUAAGCUCACGAGCCGGCAGAGGGGAAAGCUCUGCUUCAGAGCCACCAAAUGCAGAACCACGGAAGCUACCUCAAAAGCACAAGAGAAGUACACCUUUGCUGAUGUGAACCUCGGAAAUGAACAGAUAAUCAGCGCCACCACGCCCUGCGCUGACUUCUUCUUCCGGAGGUGCCCGUCGGCCGAGGCCAAGAAGAAGGCGGCCGUGGGCCACGGCGGCCUGCCGCACCCCAAGGGCUGGGAGUCGGGCGAGGAGGACCUGACCGGCGUGGUGCGCAAGUGCAGCGAGGUGGACCUCCACGUCAUCGUGCUCUGGAAGGCCUAUGUGGUUGAGGACAAUAAGCAGCUCAUCCUGGAGGGCCAGCUCCACGUGGCCCUGCAGACCAUCGGGAAGGAGGCGUGCUCCUUGACUCAGAAAGAGGAAGCUCAAGAAAUGGUGCUGCUGAAAUUCAGGCCCGAACACCCUCCUCCCCUGGCCCGGCCCUCCAUGGAGCAGCUGUCCUACCUAAUCAAAACCAACCUGCACUACCCCGAAUCCUACAGUCACCCGUUUCCUCAAAGGAGUCUGUGCAUGGUACCCGUUACCCUGAGGCUCUCCAACUGCUCCCUGGCGCAGGUUGAUGUCAUCAUAGACUUGAGACACAAAGCCACUAGCCCUGAGACCUUGGAGGUCCACGGGUCCUUCACCUGGCUGGGGCAGACCCAGUACAAGCUUCGGCUCCAGGCCCAGGAGAUCCACAAGAUCCGGCUGACUGCCUGCUUCAUCCACGCAGGGGUGUACAACCUGGGCACUCCCCGCGUCUUCGCUAAGCUCUCCGACCAAGGCUCCAUGUGCGAGACCAGCCAGCAGAACUCUAUGCCGGCUCUCAUCAUUAUCAAUAGCGUCUGAACUAACUUUAGAAAAUCGACUACAAUUAACUGAAUACCCAAUACUGGAAUCUUCAUUUUGUACUUCUUAAGAGGAAAAAAAAAAAUGAGAGAGAGAGAACCUGCAUCAGACAUGCUUGUAAACAUUGCUAUCGCAAGAUCUUAAAUAAACCUAGCUACAGUUUUAUGUCUCGACAGAAAAAAAAAGCAUUAUGGACUUUUAAGAGUGAAAUUAUUUUUUCUUUGUUUAUUUAUCUUUCGUCCCGGCUUGUAACUUCUUUUUAACGCUUUAGAAGAGGAGAAGGAGUGGGGUAUGAAGGUGCAGCUUUACCUCUUGGGGGGUUCUUGGUCUUCCACAGAACUUUUUUUGGUGUUGGAAUCGUUCCGAUUGAAGUGUUUGAACUAACGAAAGAUCAUUAGCUGGCCUCCACACAUGAAACCAAGCCGGAGACGAGUGCUUUGUUGGGUAAACUGGAAAUCGGCGGAGAACUCGGUUAGUUGGAAACGGUGCCUCUCGUUUCACAAACUUUGGUUUCUUUGGUUGCUGUCAUAUCUUUAACCAUCUGGAGCCCUGUAACUGAAUUGGAGCUGUGACACCAGACUUUUUUUUUUGAAAGAUCGUUCCAACCCGUUGAUGAAAAUAUCUCAGUUUGUCGGCACAGGCUGUGCGAGUCCCACACGCACUGUUUUAAUUUUCUACACACAAAUCAUUCCCCUUACUGUAACUCUACCGUUUGAUUAAGCUGUUAUUUAAGUGUAUCUACAUGACUGCUUUUCAGAAAAUGUAUUAUAUUUAUAACAAAUUUACUGUAAAUAGAAUAAAACAUAACCAAUA